AUGUCGCACGAACGUAUCCUUGUAUCAUUAGACUUUGCUGAUAAAGAUCGAUUUAACAUCGUUGAAAAGCAAGAAUCUGGUGUUAAUGAUCCUUCAACAUUUACUACAUUUUCUAUGGGUACGUUCACUGCUGGUAAAGUAGACAUCAAGCACGUGAGUGGCCAAUACGUGCGUAUUAAUAACAAUCCAUAUACGACUUAUGAAGAAGAAAAUUCUCCUAUGGUUGAUUUGGAUCACAUUAAGUCACUGUUCGUCCUGCCACCAAUAAAACUCACGUCAGCUGAUACUCUCAGUGUUAAUGCAACGAUGCGACCGUAUGUUUAUGGUGUAACUGAAGAUAACCCGUUCCGGUCUUUGUUUCCUUCCAUUGAUCACAUGCAUGAUGAUUUAAGACUAGCAACAUGUGGUCUCGUAUGCUUUGAUCAAAAUAUCUGGCUCAUAGCCGAUAUUUUACUAACAAAUACAAAAGUAUUCGCAGUGUACGAGCGAUUACCAUUUGGAAGAACUGCAGAGAAUUAUUAUGCAUCAUUUUCAGCCGCUAUUCCAAUCUAUACUAGAAAAAACCAAAACGAUUUUCUCAAUUUCUCCAUUCGUUUUGAUUUAAUAAAAAAGUCAAUAACGUGGUUAGUCGACAAUGAAAUCAAAUAUACGAUUGAUAAAGUUGGUUAUAAACCUGAACAAACAGAAUGUAUCUGCUGUGAUUUUGGAGGAAAAGAAAAACUUGUGUUUCCUGAGCAGUUAGAAAUAGCUGUAGGAACAAUGACGAUAUUGGACUGGUAUCCUUGUGCAAGACAUUUAGAUACGGAUCGAAAUAUCGAGUAUACUACUCCUGAGCAACUACCAUUGGUGCGGCUAUCCAAACAUAGUGACAACCCUCAAAUUCUACAGUACAUAAAUUGCAGAAGUAGCGAACAUGAAGUCAAGUUCUUUGAUGAAUCUGGUAAGAAGGAGAAUAAGAUUUUUGGUCAAGGCUGCAUAUUAGAUGUUAAACGAAUCAUUAUAUCUUCUAACAAUAUACUUGAAUAA